AUGUUGUCGUCCUCGGUCUCUGGAACCCCGUUCAGCGUCCGUGACAUUCUCAGCGAGGAUCAGCAGCUCGGAAUCAUGGAUUGUUACCCCCCUGUCCAUCAACACCAGUUCCAGCAGCAACACGUGCCUCAGGAAUAUUAUGGUUACAACGUUGUGCCAGAUAACAAUUGGGACGCAGAGAAGUUCAAGGAGCAAUCGAUGAUGCCGACUUACGCUCACUAUCCUGACUUGACGCACGUUCAUCAUCAGUUGAAUCAGAUCGCCCCUCCGUAUCAGGAUCCACCGGUUACAGAGGACGUGAUGGGAAUGUUUUACAGGCAACGUGGUUACAUCGAGCAAAACAGAGCUGCGGAAAAGUCAGUCUGGCAAGAGGACGAAGAGGAAGCCGAGAGUGCUGUUUUCUCAAAACCAGGUGUACGAGCUGGAGCAACGAUUCAAGCAGCAACGAUACCUGAGCGCCCCGGAGAGAGAGCUGCUCGCCCAGACUCUAAAACUGACCAGCACCCAGGUGAAGAUCUGGUUCCAAAAUCGGCGUUACAAGAACAAACGCGCGAGGCUGGAGGACGCGGAGAAACUCCAGGCGCAAAACAUAAAGAACCAAUCGCUGAAGAAGAUCCACGUGCCAGUGCUGAUCAAGGAUGGCAAGCCGCAUCAUCUUCAGGAAUCCUACAAUCCUUCCUACUGGUCGAACAUCAGGCCAGAGUUCCCUCCAGCUUGAACGGAGAGGUACAAGCCAGACAGCACGUGCUCGUUGGCGCGGAUUUCAGGAACAAUUUGGUGGCCGCGGAUCCACGAGUCGGUGUGCACGACUGUCACAGACAAAUAAAAGGAAACGCGAGUAGCAGCAAUGGCGAUGUGGCGGCGUUUUCGGAUUUGAAGAGCACCUCGACGGAGAGUAAAGUUAUGACGAGCGACGGCAGACCGGUGAUGGACGUUUCGAGCAGCGAUUACGGAUUCCCCAAUUACUUGCCACCGGCUAAUUACCAGAUGCAGUACGUUAAUUACAUGGAACAGAUGCCUAUGGACCAGAAUCUGCAACGACUAUGGCGAUUCAACGUCGGCGUAAUCGUUGUUCAUGGCGCUACCGCCGCCAUAAAGGACCAUGGGAACAAGCUGAUAAAAAUGUCGCUGCCGAUGUUCCGACACAGAUCGCGUGGCGUUUCCCAUACACGGCCAUCUCACCUUCCACCAGCAGACCACCCUUUCGAAGCAGAGACCUCGCUCCGCCCCUGGCCGCACCUGCGAAGCACCUGCCCGCACUUGUUCCUCGAGAUCUACUUCCUUUCCACAGAUGUGUUCCAGAUACAGUUCCUCAAACUCCCCAAACGAUUUCUCUGCGCGUUAAUUUCCGCUUGGCAGUGAAACCAAGCGAUAAGAAAAGAGCACUUCAGUUAUUCACUGCCAAUGAUAAAAAUAUUACCGAUGCAAGCAAUUUGCGAACAAGCAAAUGCAAUUCCUUUCUCGUUUUUCCAGCCUGA